AGAAGCUCCGCAAAACCGCAAUAUUACUUUCUAAAACGCCGCAAUCUCUUUUCUUUUCAAGCGUUCUCCUUUUCCCAAAAAUUAAGGGACGAUUCCAAGUCCCGCCAAAAGUUCCUCCACACUCUCUGGCUCGUCCCUCAUGCAACGGCAAUCCAGGGAAGACGCGGUCAGUGCACCCAGCCUAUCUCAAACCCUCAAACCUACCCGAAAUUGUGCGGGAAUGAUUCAUGCCCACCGCCCACCUGCGAAGUGAACUGGAGACGUGAGCCUCUUUGGGUUUGGCAAAUGCACCUCCGGUUUUUCAUCCAAUCUCUCCUUGGUCCAUUCUCAAAGAAACCCGACUCGGACGGCCAAAGGGAAGUUCGAUGAGCUGGCUGCUGUCUCACUACUGGGUACGUACCUUAUGCGACCCUUUCACACCGGUCCUAUUGUCCAUCGUCAAUCGUCAAUAGUGACCUGACCGUCGCUCGACUCCCGUCAAUCACGCUGCUCUUCUUUCCGUUUAAGAUUCCCAAGACCGACGAUCGACUUGCAUCUUUUCAGUUUUAACACCCUAUUCAGAAACGAAAAGGCUUAAAUCUGUUGAGAUCACGCUUGCGAUCCAACGCACGUUCCUAGGAGCUAUCACAACCGUUCCAAGCCACUCCCUCCUUACCAUGGACCGGAAGCCAUCCGCGACGUUCG